CCUACUUAAAACCCUUUAACCUUUCCAUUACUCUUCAGAUCUCUGUCUCAUUCUCUGAUUUUUCUCCAUCUCUUCUUAACUACAAUGGGAAGAGCCAUGACACUCUUUCUCUGCCUCUUCUGCACCGCCGUUGCCCUUCUCGCUACCUCCGCCAUUGCCGAGGACCCCUACCGCUACUUCACUUGGACCGUCACCUACGGCACCGCUUCGCCUCUCGGAGUUCCACAGCAGGUCAUCCUCAUCAAUGGUCAGUUCCCCGGCCCUUCCCUUGAUUGCAUCACCAAUGACAAUAUCAUCAUCAAUGUCAUCAACCAGCUCGACGAGCCCUUCCUCUUAACCUGGAACGGGAUCAAGCAGAGGAAGAACUCAUGGCAGGAUGGGGUUUUGGGUACUAACUGCCCUAUCCCUCCCAAGGCCAACUACACCUACAAGUUUCAGAGCAAGGACCAGAUCGGCACCUUCACCUACUUCCCCUCUACGGCAAUGCACCGCGCCUCCGGCGGAUUCGGUCCUUUCUACGUGCGCCAGCGCUCCGUCAUAUCGGUGCCUUACGACAUUCCCGACGGCGAGAUGUCCCUGCUUGUCGGCGACUGGUACAAGGCUGGCCACAAGUCGUUGAGGCAGGGUUUGGAUUCAGGGAAGCCUCUCUCUUUUCCUGAUGGACUCCUCAUUAAUGGCAUUCCACAAUCAUAUUUCUUCACUGGAGAUAAAGGGAAGACAUAUCUAUUCAGGAUCUCCAAUGUUGGACUCUCCCUAUCCUUCAACUUCAGAAUUGAGGGCCACAAGAUGAAGGUUGUCGAAAUCGAAGGAUCCCAUACAAUUCAAAAUACUUAUGAUACGCUCGACGUCCAUGUUGGGCAGUCCAUAGCUGUUCUUGUGACUCUUGAUCAGCCACCGAAGGACUACCAUAUUGUGGCCACCUCCCGGUUCACAAGAACAGUCCUCACUGCAACUGCUGUCUUGCACUAUAGAAACUCCAAGUCCCCAGUUUCUGGACCAAUCCCCGCUCCUCCGGCCGGUGAUUAUCAUUGGUCUAUGCUCCAAGCCAGAACCUUCAGAUGGAAUCUAACAGCAAAUGCUGCAAGGCCUAAUCCUCAAGGAUCUUACAAGUAUGGUAACAUCACAAGGUCCAGAUCACUGAACUUUGCAAGCUCUGCACCUGUGAUCAAUGGCAAACUGCGCUAUGCUGUCAAUGGUGUCUCCUUUAUCGUACCUGACACUCCAUUGAAGCUUGCAGACAACUUCAACAUUGCUAGUGUCUUCACUUGGGAUAGCAUCCCAGUUUCGCCUACCAAUGGUCCUAUUGUUCUUGGAACACCAGUUCUGAGGACCAACCUUCAUGAAUUCAUUGAGAUAAUUUUCCAAAACACCGAGAAUACCAUGCAGUCUUGGCAUCUUGAUGGCUAUUCUUUCUGGGUUGUUGGAUAUGGAAAUGGGCAAUGGUUGGAACAGAAUCGUAACAGCUACAACCUUGUUGAUGCUGUCUCUAGACACACAGUCCAGGUAUAUCCAAAUGGAUGGUCAGCGAUCUUAGUAUCACUGGAUAAUCAAGGGAUGUGGAAUCUGAGGUCUGCAAUGUGGGGAAGGCAGUACCUUGGGCAACAACUCUAUAUUAGAGUUUGGACUCAAGAGAAGAGUUAUUCAAAUGAGUAUGAUAUUCCUCCAAAUGCAUUGCUUUGUGGCAAGGCUUCUGGGCUUCAUCCUUAGAGAAAAUGGUGAAUUCUUGUAUCAUUUGGCUUCUUGUGUCACAAUAAGGUGACAAAAUGGAGGAGGUGAGAGGUUAAUUUUUUUAGGUAGAAGUGCAAGAAUUUGUUUUUUUUUUAUUAUGCAUUGACACAUUUCUUAUUUAUAGCAAAAAUGUAAGGAAAAUUUGUUUCUUUUGUAAGUUCAAUAAAGCAUUUUAUGUAGGUCACAUGAUAUGGGCAAUAGUUUUAUGUUUA